AUGCAAUCAAUUAAAAUAGUAGUAGUCGGUGAUGGAGCUGUUGGAAAGACAUGUAUCCUUAUAUCCCAUACCACCAAUUCAUUCCCAGGUGAAUAUAUUCCAACAGUAUUUGAUAAUUAUAGUAGUAAUGUAAUGUUGGAUGGUAAAGCAUAUAAUUUGGGACUUUGGGAUACAGCUGGUCAAGAAGAUUAUGAUCGUCUUAGACCACUAUCAUAUCCACAGACCGAUGUUUUCUUGGUUUGUUAUAGUGUGAUUGCACCAUCAUCUUUGGAAAAUGUACGAUCCAAAUGGUCUCCAGAGGUACAACAUCAUUGUCCAAAUGCUCCCAUUGUUUUAGUUGGAACCAAAGUUGAUUUAAGAAGUGAUAGAGCUACUUUGGAAUACCUUCGUCAAAAACAACAAGUACCAGUAACCUUUGAACAAGGGUUGGAACUUUCCAAACAAAUUGGUGCACAAUCCUAUGUUGAAUGUUCAUCAUACACUCAAAGAGGUUUAAAGGAUGUUUUCGAUGAAUGUAUUAGAGUUCAUAUUAAUCCAAUCUCCAAAACUAAAAAAGUAAAUAAAUCAAAAUGUUCUAUUUUGUAA